AUGAUUGAUCGAAACCGACUGGAAUCGAAUGGGUUCCGUCGAGAGUUCAAUACGACGAUGUUGAUUCCGAUUGUGUUGGCGCUUCUUCAGCUCGCCGACUCGUUCAGAAUUCUCGUCUACUCGCCGGCGUUCGCCGGAAGCCACACCAAUUUUUUGGCGCGUCUCGCCGAUGUUCUCACCGACGCCGGACACAAUGUGACAUUCGUCGCGCCGAUUUUUGACGAGUCUCGACGAGAUCAGUUGGCGGUUCGACGCGCGAAUGACGUGAUUCGCGUCGAUGCCGAUGACGAGAUGACUACGAAGAAGGCUCGCAUGAGCGCGUCGCUGUUGCCAUUCUGGACGAGAACCAUCGACGCCGAUGAUGUUGCCGACACGUUCCACCAUUUCUCCGAGCUUUUGACGUUGGGAUGCGAGAAUCUCGUGAGACAUUCGAACGUCAUCGACGAGCUUCGACGUCGACAAUUCGACGUGGCGAUCGCCGAGCCGAUUUCGGUGUGCGGAUUGGCUCUAAUGCAUCACAUCGGAAUUUCGAAAACGAUUCUGGCCUCAUCGGUGGUAUUCUUCGAUCCGAUCGUCGCCUACAGCGGCGAACCGUUCGAUCCGAUUCUGUUUCCGGCGUCGCUCGCCGCCAACUCGGACGAUUUGGACUUUUCGUCGAGAUACAGCAAUUACAAAUUCAUGGAGAACACAAAAUACGCGUUUGAGCAGCUUUUCGACGGCGAGCAAGACGCCUACCGGAAAUUGAGUGCUGAUAUUCCGGAUUGGAAGGAGCUCAUCCCAUCAGCAUCGAUAAUGUUCACCAAUUCGAAUCCGCUCAUUGAUUUUCCGAGACCCAUUCUUCAGAAAACGGUGCCGAUUGGCGGAAUUUCCGUACAAAUCGGCAGCCCACUUUCAUCGGAAUGGAUUGAGAUGCUUGAGAAGCGCCCGAAAUCAAUGCUCAUCUCGUUCGGCACAAUGGCGUUCUCGUCGAAAAUGCCUAUCGAAUGGAGACAAAAUCUAUUGAAUGUGUUCGCGUCGUUCGCAAAAGUGACGUUCAUUUGGAAAUAUGAGACCGAUGAUUUGGAAUGGGCCAACGGGGUCGAUAAUAUUCAUUUCUCGAAAUGGGUCCCGCAGCCGGCUCUUCUAGCCGAUCAUCGAUUGUCCGCAUUUUUGACGCAUGGCGGUCUUGGGAGCACCAACGAGCUGGCUCACUUCGGCAAGCCGGCGAUCACGGUGCCCCUAUUUGGCGAUCAAGUCAGAAAUGCUCAAAUGCUCAGCCGGCACAAUGGAUCAAUAUUGCUCGACAAAUUCGACCUAGGAAAUGAGGAGAUUCUGAGGGACGCGAUUCGAACGAUCCUCUAUGAUGAAUCGUUUUUGAAGAAUGCUCAACAUCUCGCCGAGCAGCUUGACAAUCAGCCAUUCAAGCCCAAGGAGUUGCUUGUGAAGUACACGGAAUUCGUCGCCAAAUACGGACCAUUGACGAAAUUGGACCCAAAAUCGAGAAACGCCACCAGAAUUCAACGAAAUAUGAUUGACGUUUAUUUGGCAAUCGCCUUCCAAAAUUUUCUAAUGAUUUUCAUUGUUUUUCGCAUAAUUCGAUGCGUUUUUUCGGGUAAAGUCGAUUGUAGAUGA